CUAGGGGUUGGGGGGGUUCUUGUAAGAACCAAUCGCCGCCGGAUUCAUCUCAGCCGUCAGCUCUGUUCUGCAGCUUCCUUCUCCUUGAUUUCUUAACCAGUCGACUACACACUCGAUGCUGGUUUCAGUGUUUUUCAUCUUUCUGUUUUUUUAUCCUCAGUGAUUCUUCGUCUUACUGAUUUUGAUUUUUCCUUUGUGGGUUAUUUUUUGUUGCGAUGUUUAACAUGCUAUGUUUUUGGUGUGGGCAGAAGGUGGGCUGCGUGUUGAUUGUCUGUAGGUUCGUGUUUUGAUCGUAUAGGGGUUGUAGUUUGGGGUUUGGGGAUGAGCUUGAGAGUGGGUUGAGAUGGGGCUAAUGUAUAUAUAUGGUGUUUAGGUGUUCGAGGGUUUUAAAGCGGUGAUCUUGGCGGGUUUUUAGGGUUUUGGGGGUUAGAUUUUUUCCGGGUGUGUUUGAUGAUCGAUUAGAGUUUCUGAGAAUGUUGUCUGAAUUGGGAAGGAGGCCGAUGCUUGGUGGGAACGAGGGAUCGUUUGGAGAUGAUUUGGAGAAGGAGAUUCUGUUGCUUCGCGAGCAGAGGAGGCAAGAGAUUGAUGAUCGCGAGAAGGAGCUCAAUUUGUAUAGAAGUGGGUCUGCUCCCCCUACUGUUGAGGGUUCUCUGAGUGCUGUUGGAGGGUUGUUUAGUCAAGGUGGGGUUCCGGGAACUUUUUCGGAGUUUUCAGGCAAGAAGACUGAAAAUGGGUUUGCCUCGGAGGAAGAGCUUAGGUCUGAUCCGGCUUAUGUUUCCUACUAUUUUGCGAAUGUCAACUUGAACCCUAGGCUCCCACCACCCUUGUUGUCAAGGGAAGAUUGGAGGUUUGCACAGAGAUUGAAGGGCGGGAGUUCGGUGUUGGGAGGGAUUGGAGAUAGGAGGAAAGUGAAUAGGCCAGAGAAUGGUGUGGGUAGAUCAAGAGUAUCGAUGCCUCCUGGAUUUGAUUUUGUGAAAGAAGAGAGCGAGUCUCAGUCAGAAAAAGGUGCAGCAGAGUGGGACGGAGAUGGACUGAUUGGCUUGUCUGGAUUAGGACUAGGGAGCAAACAAAAGAGCCUUGCUGAAAUUUUUCAGGAUGAUUUAGGGCGCUCAACUCCCGUCUCUGGGCAUCCUUCUCGUCCAGUUAGCCGCAAUGCCUUCGAUGAAAAUGUUGAAGACCUAGUCUCAGAUGAAGCUGACUUGUCUCAUUUGCGUCGUGAGUUGACAUCUACUGAUGCAUUGCGACCUGGUGCAAAUGUUCAGGUCUCGUCUGUGGUCCCGAAUAUUGGCCAAUCUGCUUCAUAUACUUAUGCUUCUGCUUUGGGUGCGUCCUUGUCAAGAAGCAGCACUCCUGAUCCACAACUUGUUUCUAGGGCCCCUACUCCUGGCCUUACACCUAUUGGAGGAGGAAGAGUUGUAUCAUCUGAAAAGAGAGGCAUUAAUAGUCCAAACUCAUUUAAUGGAAUUUCGUCAAGCAUGAAUGAGUCAGCAGAUCUGGUAGCUGCUUUGUCUGGCAUGAAUCUGUCAACAAAUGGUGUGAUAGAGGAGAAAAACCAUUUGUCUUCAGAUAUUGAACAGGAUGCUGAUAUUCACCAGAAUUAUCUCUUUAAUCUACAAGAUGCUCAGAAUCAUACCAAGAAACACUCAUACCUCAACAAAUCUGAACCUGGGCAUCUUCAUAUUCCUUCUUUUUCUCAGUCUGCAAAAAUAUCUUAUUCUGAUUCGGGUAAGAACAACGGUGUUAGCUCAGACUUAAACAAUUCAUCCUUGGUUGUUGACCGGCAAGUUGAAUUGCAGAAAUCUUCUGUUUCUUCAGGCAACUCAUCCCUGAGGCGAUCAUCUAUCUCCACUAUUAAUGGUGGAGGCGGACUACAUUCUCAGUAUCAACAAAUGGAUGGCGCAAAUUCAUCAUUCCCAAACUAUGGUUUGAGUGGGUACUCCAUUAAUCCGGCUGUGCCAUCCAUGAUGACAAGCCAUAUUGGAACUGGUAAUCUGCCACCUUUGUUUGAAAAUGUUGCUGCAGCAUCCGCAAUGGCUGCGCCUGCAAUGAACUCCAGAGGGCUGGGAGGGGGUUUGGCUUCUGGGCCAAAUCUAGCAGCAGCUGUAUCAGAAACACAAAAUCUCCGAAUGGGAAAUCAAUUGGUAGGGAAUGCUCUUCAGACGCCUUUUAUGGAUCCAAUGUACCUUCAGUAUUUAAGGUCAGCUGAGUAUGCUGCAGCACAGGUUGCAGCUCUUAAUGAUCCUACUGUGGAUAGGAACUACUUAGGAAAUUCAUACAUGGAUUUAGUUGGACUCCAGAAAGCUUAUCUGGGAACUUUAUUUUCACCUCAGAAAUCACAGUAUGGCGUCCCCUUGGGCAGUAAAUCCAGUGGGUCUAAUCAUCAUGGUUUUUAUGGGAAUCCCCCUUAUGGUGUUGGCAUGUCAUACCCUGGUAGUCCUCUGGCAAAUCCUGUUCUUCAAAAUUCUCCUGUUGGACCUGGUAGCCCUAUCCGGCACAAUGAACUCAAUAUGCGUUUUCCGUCUGGGAUGAGGAACUUAGCAGGGGGUGUCAUGGGACCGUGGCACUUAGAAGGUGGUUGUAAUGUAGAUGAAAGUUUUGUAUCAUCCCUGCUGGAAGAGUUUAAGAGCAAUAAGACCAAGUGUUUUGAACUUUCAGAAAUCGCAGGUCAUGUUGUUGAGUUCAGUGCGGAUCAGUAUGGGAGUCGAUUCAUCCAACAAAAACUUGAAACAGCCACAAUAGAAGAGAAAAACAUGGUUUUCCAAGAAAUCAUGCCCCAGGCUUUGUCUUUAAUGACUGAUGUGUUUGGUAAUUAUGUGAUUCAGAAGUUUUUUGAGCAUGGAGCUGCAUCCCAGAGAAGAGAAUUGGCAAACAAGUUAAAUGGUCAUGUACUGACUCUUAGCCUUCAAAUGUAUGGUUGUCGAGUGAUUCAGAAGGCAAUUGAAGUCGUUGAUGUGGACCAAAAGAUUAGUAUGGUUGAAGAGCUUGAUGGUCAUGUCAUGCGUUGUGUGCGUGAUCAGAAUGGGAAUCAUGUCAUCCAGAAGUGUAUUGAAUGUGUUCCUGAAGAGGCCAUUCAAUUUAUUGUCACAGCAUUUUUUGAUCAGGUUGUGACCCUUUCUACCCAUCCUUACGGGUGUCGUGUGAUACAGAGAAUACUGGAGCACUGCCGGGAUCCCACAACCCAGACUAAAGUGAUGGAUGAGAUUUUGGGAUCUGUUAGCAUGUUGGCUCAAGAUCAGUAUGGUAAUUAUGUUGUUCAGCAUGUAUUGGAGCAUGGGAAGCCGCAUGAGCGUUCUGCUAUAAUCAAGGAACUAGCUGGGAGGAUUGUUCAAAUGAGCCAGCAGAAGUUUGCCUCCAAUGUUGUGGAGAAGUGUUUGACUUUUGGUGGUCCUGAUGAACGCCAAAUCUUGGUGAAUGAGAUGCUUGGCUCUACCGAUGAGAACGAGCCUCUUCAGGCGAUGAUGAAAGAUCAGUUUGCAAAUUAUGUUGUGCAAAAAGUGCUGGAGACUUGUGAUGACCAGCAACGUGAGCUGAUCCUAUCGCGAAUUAAGGUUCAUUUGAAUGCAUUGAAGAAAUACACUUACGGAAAGCAUAUUGUUGCACGUGUAGAGAAACUCGUCGCUGCUGGGGAAAGGAGAAUUGCUGUUCAGUCUCCACAGCCUGCUUAGGUGGAUAGGACAGUUGUACAGCUAACUGAGGCUAGUAUGGAAAAGGAGCCCAUGCAGAGAAUCUCUCUCUCUCUCUCUCUCUCUCUCUCUCUCUCUCUCUCUCUCUCGGAUUAUGCAUUUUCAAAGCAGGCAGGGAGAUCAUGCAGGCCAUUCAUAUACAAGUUAGUCAUAAAUUUUCGAAAAAGAUUUACUAAUCUUCUGCUUCUUGAGGAAUCACUCAUCAUUGGCAGUGAACGAUUGAGAUCAUCACUAUCCAACAAUUCUUUUGAGAUUUUCAUUUACUAAUCAACUCAGAUGAUGUUAGUGGUGGAAAGUGAGCUUCAUGAGACUUGGAACCAAACCAGAGGCGAGCAAACAUUAAUCCUAAACAUUUCCAUGGUGCUCUUAACAUGUGAAAAAAAUAAAGCAUUUAAAAAAGAAUUGAGUAAAACCCAUUUAUUCAACAAGGCAAAAUGGGAUUUUGAAGUUUCUGAGAAGCUUACACGGAAAAUUUGCAUUCUAAUCAUCACCAUCAUCAUCAUCAAUCUUUUGCCCAAAUCCCCUGGGCCCUGCCCUAGCUCUCACCUUCCUCUUCUUCCCACUCUUCUUCCUUUUACUUUCCUCUUCUUUCUCGAAUUUCUCUGACUCCCUCUUCUGCAAGAAGUCUGUCACUGUUAUGUAGAUUACCUAAACCAGAAAAUCACAAUUUCAAUCAUGAUUUAAAAAAUUAGAAACAACCCACAUAAAAAAAAUCAACAAAAUUUCGCAAUAAUAUCAGAACCCAGAAAGAGAAAUGAAAGAGAAGAUGAAUUCCAACCCAGAAAGAGGAAAUAAGCAAGGAAUUUGGAAGAGCUUUUACCCCUAGAGUGAGAAUAGAUAAACCAAUAAAAGCAAUGAACACAAGAACUUGGACAAUGAUGGUGACGCCAUCCCCGUCAGUGGAAACAAUCUGCUGGGAAUCCUCAAUUGGGGUGGCAUCUGUGAGCAAAACAUCCUCGGCAACGGCAGAAAUUCUCUGGAGCUGGGUGCUGUUGGGGGAAAUUUGGUGAAGCGAGUUCGGAGAUUGGAUGGCUCUACUUGAGGAGAGACUGGAAGAUAAGGGGAAGGACAGAGACAAGUCACGGGUAUGAAGAGAAAGCCGGCAAGGGUUCUUGGAAACGCAAGAGAGAGGCGGUGGAUAUAGAGAUAUAGAUGAGGUAGCCAUUUUUCAUCUGCUCUCUCUCUCUCUCUCUCUCUCUCUCUCUCUGCUACAGAAGUAAAAGCCCAAAGCUGAGAGGAAGAAAAUGCUCUGAUAUGUGUAGAAUGCACCCAAUUAAUCUCAGCUGUCUUCGCACGGUCCAAUAUUCCUUGUUUCUCCUUCACUUUUUAAGUUUACUUAGAUCCAACUUAAUAUCAUUUCAUGUUAAUUGCAUUCAAAUUCUCGUAAAUUUAAAUUGAUGGUUUGAUUUUUAAGUUCUCAAACGUGGAUUAGAAUUUAAA